CGUAAACAUGCAAUUCAAUUUGAUUUCAUCUUAGGAACACUUGCAAACUAAUGCAUCGCAGGAAAGAUCUUCAAAAAGUCCCAGCUUCGCAGUCACAUGGGAAAAAUACCAGCACUGCGGUAAAUGCAACAAUUAAACGUAGUGCUGGACGUACCGAUGCAGAAAGUGAUGAAGAUUUGCGGGCGCAAGUUCGUAAUGACGUUAAUGAAGAGAAUUUGUUGAAUAUGGAAAUUCCUCCGAUGCCCGAGCCCAUAAUGAGUGCCGAUGGAAGUGGACAACGACUUAUGAUAACUAGCAUUGAUGUUGAAAAUUUCAAGUCUUAUUAUGGUAAACAUGUUUUGGGUCCUUUCCAUCAGAAUUUUUCGGCCAUAAUUGGACCUAAUGGUAGCGGAAAAAGCAAUGUGAUUGAUUCUUUGCUAUUUGUGUUUGGUUAUCGUGCAUCAAAAAUUCGUUCUAAGAAAAUAAGCGUUUUGAUUCAUUCCUCAGCUGGUCGGGAAAACAUAUCAAGUUGUACUGUCGGUGUGAAUUUCCAGAAAAUUACUGAUUUGCCUGAUGGAGGCUAUGAUGUUGUGCCAUCCAGUCAGUUUACUGUCAGUAGAACUGCAUUCCGUGAUAACUCUUCGAAAUAUACUUAUAAUGGUAAAACGAUGCAGUUCAAAGAUAUUGCUGUAUUGUUGCGAGGCGUUGGAAUCGAUCUCAUUCAUAAUCGCUUCCUCAUUUUGCAGGGUGAAGUUGAACAAAUUGCUUUGAUGAAACCGAAAGCUUUAAAUGAAAAUGAUGAUGGCAUGUUGGAGUAUUUGGAAGAUAUCAUUGGUUCGAGCAGGCUCAAAGUUCCAAUUGAAACGAUUCAGCGGAAAAUUGAUCAGUUGCAAGAAGAACGUUCUGCGCAAUUGAAUCGUACGAAAUUUGCAGAAAAGGAAAAAAACGAUGCUGAAGGCCCGAUGAAAAAUCUUAUUGCAGAACUACGUAUUGACAACGGUAUUGCACUGACGAAGAAUCGCUUACUGCAAGCUGAUCGAUGUAAGGCCAAAUCGGAACUAAAGGCAGAUGAGGAGAAGAAAGAGGAGUUUGAGAAGGAUCUGGAAGACACGAAAAAACGACAGGGAGAAGUCUUAGCCUUACAAAAGAACAGGAAGGAUGAACAGAAACAGCUGCAGAGAUCCUUCGAAAAAACACAGGAAGAGUACGAAAAAAUGAAGCAUCAACUUAGUGAACUGGAACAAGCGGAACAAAAGCGCAAGGCUGAGUUGCUUCGCCUUAAUGACAGGAAGAAGAAAUUGAUUGCUGACAUAGCGAAUGAAGAAAAAAAGAUAUAUGAAUUGGAGCAGGUGCCAACAAAAGCAAGGAGCAAGCUUGAAGAAUAUCGCGAAAUAUUAAAUGGAAUUGAUGAUGUAAUUGCGCAAAAGCAAAUCGAAGUCGAUGUCCAUCUCAAAGAACUACAAGAGCAGACUAUAAAGUUUCAAGGCCCGAAAAAGGUAUUAGAAGAACAAGUUGGAGAACUUACUGCUAAGGAGGAUGAGGCAAGCAGCAAAUUAACGUUGGCGCAGGAAGCACUACAGUUAAUGCGUAGAGAAGAGGAAGUGGGAAAAAAAAACUUUCGGAAAUUCAAACAUCUCUUAAUGAUUGAACUUAGUAAAGUAAGACAGGCAAUUCCAAAUAUCGACAAAGAGCUUCAUAAUGCCAAGUCAGAAAUGAUAAACAAACGGAAGGAAGAAGCGGAGUGCGCUGAAAAUGUUCGGCAAUGUAUGGCAAGGUUCGAGCAAAAGCGACGCACGGUGGAAGCAUUUCAGAGUCAGAAUAACGUACUGAGACGCUUGAUGGCCGAGAAGUCAUCCGGAAGCAUACCAGGAAUAUAUGGACGUCUUGGUGAUCUCGGUGCAAUUGAUGAAAAGUAUGAUGUCGCUAUUUCGACAACAUGUCGACCGUUGGAUUACAUCGUAGUUGAUAACGUUGAUACUGCUCAAAUGUGCGUGGAAUUUCUGAGGCGCGAGAAUUUGGGCAUUGCUUCCUUCUUGGUACUUGAUAAGCAGGAAAAACUUCGUCCAUAUAUGGCAAAGCUAUCCACCACACCUGAAAAUGCACCUCGAUUGUUUGAUUUAAUUCGUGUAGCAGAUCCUGCGGUAUUACCUGCAUUCUAUUUUGCGUUACGUGAUACUUUGAUAGCAGAUGAUAUUACGGCUGCAACACGUAUUGGUAUGGGUAGCAAGAAACGUUACCGAGUGGUAACGCUGAAAGGUGAAGUGGUUGAAACAAGUGGUUCUAUGACAGGUGGUGGAAGAUCUGAACGGAGAGGUAGAAUUGGCCAAAGUGUCAAAGUUGACACUUCGAACGAAUCAUCCGAAGAGGUUGCUGAGCUGCAGAAAUUACUAACUGAAGAGCAGAAUCGACUGAAUGGCUUGCGAGGUGUCAUUCAUCAGCUCGAUUCUCGCGUGAUGUCGCUUCAAACUGAUUGCGAUAGACUAAAGAAAAAUGAACAGAAUUUGUCAAAUGACAUUGGACCUCUUGAAAGAAAAGUAGCUGAUCUUGAGCACAGGCUGGAGGAACAAACAGCUAGAGUUAGAAGUGUUUGCGUAGAUGAGAAAGACAUACAAUGUAAAAAAGCUGAAGUUGCAGAACUUACAAAAGCCCGUGAUAAAGCAUUAGAAGCGGCUGAUGAGGUACGUGGAAAGGUGGCUGAAAUAAACACUAAGAUUCAGGAGGUCUAUAAUCGAGUUGUUGGUCCUUAUCAGAAGGAACUUGACGAAAUUCGAGCGAGGAAAGAAAAUGCAUCGAAGGGAGCAACAAAAGAACAGAGUGUGCUUAAUAAUGCUCAGCGAAAUAUGAAUAAGGCGCUGAGCAGGAAAAAUGAUCUUGAAACCGAUCAACGUGAAACUGACGAAGCAAUCAAGAAACUUGAAUUAACUGAGGAUACUCAAGAAGCUGAUAUUAAUCGGCUAAUUAAGGAGAAAAUACAACAAGAGAAAUUGAUGAAAGAAGCUGAAAUCAGGGUGAAGGAGGCAUUCAACAAAAAUUCUGAACUGGAUGCUGAAGAAGUUGGGCUUAAAAAGAGAUGUGCUGAUUUACAACGUUCUCUUCACGAACAUUUGAGAUUCUUGGAGCAUAAACAAGGAAAAUUAGUUGCGAUUGAAGGAAAAAUCGGAAUAUUGCACUUGUCCUAUGUGAAAUGUUUGGAUCGCUUACCGGAGUCGCUUCAGUCGAGUGAGGAAGAUGAUGAUGAUGAUUAUUCACUGCAGGAAGCUUUGAGAGUUGAGCACGAAUUCUUCAAAAAAUUGAAAAGUGGUGAGAUUACUAUUGAGGCUGAUAAGGACGGUAUUGUACGCUACAAGGAUUUGCCAGAAUAUUCCGAAGAAGAAAUCAAAAAUUUCAAUCUGCAGGACAUGAAAUUUACUUUGGCUAAUUUGGAGAAGCGGAAGGUUACUAAAGUGCUGAAUACAAAUGGUUUACUGGAGUAUGUCACAAAGCUAGAACGUUACGACCGUGAAGUGGAAGCUUUAUCCGAUAUAUCAACGAAACGUGAUAAGCAUCGUCAAUUUUGCGAGCAAUUAAAGAAACAACGAAUGAAUGAAUUCAUGGACGGUUUCACACGGAUUGGUUUGGCAUUGAAAGAAAUGUAUCAAAUGAUAACAUUAGGUGGUGAUGCUAGCUUGGAUUUGGUUGACUCACUUGAUCCAUUCAGUGAAGGUGUUUCUUUUGGUGUGAGACCACCAAAAAAAUCGUGGAAACAAAUUACUAAUUUGUCAGGUGGUGAAAAAACGCUGUCAUCGUUGGCUCUGGUUUUUGCGUUGCAUCAUUAUCGACCUACACCAUUGUAUGUCAUGGAUGAGAUUGAUGCAGCUCUGGAUUUUAGAAAUGUAUCAAUUAUUGGACAUUAUAUAAAGGAUCGUACCAAAAAUGCACAAUUUAUCAUCAUUUCUCUGCGGAAUAACAUGUUUGAGUUAGCGGAUCGUCUUGUUGGUAUUUACAAGACAUUUGAUUGCACGAAAUCUGUUGCCAUCGACCCAGGAAGUAUCCGGAAUAUAAUUAAGCCGCUUCAUAUUUUGGAAGAAAUGAAAAACCAUAAAAGGAAUGAAAAAAAUUCAGUCGAUGGAAAAAAUGAAUUUCAGUUCCAAAAGCAAAAAAUAGCUGGCCAUGCUAAGGCUUCAGAAAUAAAUAUAAAAAGUACACAGGGAUCGAAAGCACCUUCAGUAGCAACUGAGGAUCUAUCUAUGAGUCGAGCACCAUCUAGUCGAGGUGAUUACAAUGUGAUGGUGGAGAAAAGGAAACACGCCAACAGUUCCGAAAAGAAUACCCGAAUUUUAAAGGGCGACCAGCCAUCUGUCUCAGGAGAAACCACACCUGCGAUUUCAGUGUCUCCGCCAACGAAGAGAAAGUCCCCACAGAAAUCUGAAAUUCCUACCUGGGAUGUACCACAAACGAUCACUGUGCGCCGUUCGCUAGCUAGACCUACUGGUGACAAGUUCCUCGAUAAAAAAAUUGGUGAUAGUGUAACUAACAAAAGCAUGAAAGAGGAAGGAGAUGAUAGUUGCGGUUUGAAAAAUAUUCUUUCGAAGGAUGCUUCUGGUGUCAUUUCGCAAUCAAAAGCAGUUGUUCAGUCGUCAAAUUUGCAGCAGUCGGUUGCAAAUACUGUAUCAGAUACAGAUCGAUUGGAGCAGUUUGCACGAAUGUUGUAAAUUUUAAUUUCAACUGAAAUGAGAUCUCGUGUUUAUUCAUUAGCAAUGUACUCGUAUUUCAUUUGUAUCACUGCCACUGUUUCAUAGUAUUCUUCACUCCUAAACGAAAACGUAUAUUGAACUUUGCCACCACGCAAUCUUAGUUUUAAAAUUUAGUUCCAAGAUCUGUAUAUAGAAUUGAAGUCUUCAAACUAGAAUUGUAAAGACUAGUUAUAUUUUGAUAUGAAAAGCUUGAUUUCACACCAGUAAUUCACUAAAACUGUGUUUACUAUAUUCGAGCCUUAAGAUAAUACAACGUUUGAUGCUGAAGAGUUAAUGCCCUGUAAAUUUACAUAUCAUUAUAGUGAUUGAAAGUUAAUUCUGUGUAUUGUAUCAAUUUUGGUAUACUUAGGUACUGUCCACGCAAUACAAUUGUUUUUUUUACUAUUCCAUUGUUUAUAUAGCAUUGCAAACUUUCCUAUUUCUCCCUAGUUUCUAAUUUUACUUUUUACAAGAUCUCUUUCUACUAAUGAUACUCCAAUUAUGGAUGAAAUUCCAUUAAAGAUCUUGCUAUGUUGUCCGCCAGCAUGAUUUUUUGUGUAAAGUUGC